CCGCGGGUCUCCCGGGGCUCGAGGCCGGCGUGGCCCCCAUCGGCCGCUGCCAUGGCCCUCAAGAUGGUCAAGGGCAGCAUCGACCGCAUGUUCGACAAGAACCUGCAGGACCUGGUGCGCGGCAUCCGCAACCACAAGGAGGACGAGGCAAAAUAUAUCUCGCAGUGCAUUGAUGAAAUCAAGCAGGAACUGAAGCAAGACAACAUCGCAGUCAAAGCCAACGCCGUCUGUAAGCUGACGUAUUUACAGAUGCUGGGAUAUGACAUCAGCUGGGCCGCCUUCAACAUCAUCGAAGUGAUGAGCGCCUCCAAGUUCACGUUCAAGUGGAUCGGGUAUCUGGCCGCCUUGCAGUGCUUCCACGAGGGCACGGACGUCAUCAUGCUGACCACCAACCAGAUCUGCAAGGACCUGAGCAGCCCCAGCCAGUACGACACUGGAGUUGCGCUGACUGAUCUAUCCCGUGCUCCCCCGGCUGACUGCGUCCCAGCCCGGCCCCUGAGCCUGCGCUGCCCUGGGAGCAGGUCUGAGCGGCCCUCAGCGUGCAACACAGGCCUGGACCUGGACGCCUGGAUCAACGAGCUGCCCUCCGACAGCGAGUCCGAGGACGAGGCGCCCAAGGCCAUCUUCCACGACGAUGAGCAGAAGCCCACGCGGCACCGGCAGCCUGAGGCCAACGCAGAGGAGCUGGCCCGGCGCCGGGAAGCCCGGAAGCCGGCCAGCCCGUUUUACAUCAAGAGCUCACGGAAGAAGCAGAGAAAGGAGAAGCAGCGCGAGGGCCGGCGUCGGCGCUACAGCUCGCUGCACACGGAGAGCGAUGAGGACAUUGCUCCUGCCCAGCAGGUGGACAUGGUCACCGAGGAGUUGCCUGAGGAGGGGCGGCCGCCCCCGCUCUGCUCUUCACCGUGUCCCCUGGGCCCCGACUCCCCGUGUGGGCCCCAACUUCCCAAUGCUCUGCUCAGUGACGAAAAUGACAAAGACCCCAAUGACUCCUACAGGGCCUUGGACAUUGAUGUGGACAAGUAA